AAAACAUAACAAACUUUUAUAUUUUAUGAAAAAACUUGAUAGAAAACAUGCUAUGGCCAGACCGAUACCAGAAUUGGACUUGCGAAAUUUGUCUGCUAGAGAUUUGCCAAAGGACGACAAUAUCUUAGAUAUAGAGGCUGUGAACAGGAGGCCUAAGAAAAGCACUACACACUUGCUGUUUGGUGCAUUCAGUGGCUGGAUUUCAGGUGUUGUUGUAACGAAAUUAAGCAAAAUCUCUGCAUUCGGUCUGGGUGGAGGCGUUAUUCUUCUGUACUUUGCCAGUGAGUUAGGUUAUAUAAAAGUAAACUGGGACCGCAUCAUGGAAGCUGUAAGCCACACUCAGGACAAAAUAAACAGUGUCCACGAUUUUGCUAGAAGAAACAGUUGCUUUUCAGUUGGUUUCGUCGGUGGAUUCUUCUUCGGAAUGUCCAUGAUAUCAAAAAUUGAAGAAAUAAGCUCUUUGGACAUAUAUGAAAAACGUAAACGACUACGACGCUUAAAAUAUUUAACAAAUCGUGAAAAUAAAAGUACAGUAUCACCUAAGACUGAAGUCAAGAAAGUUCAAGAUAGCGGCCGCAACAUUAUUACACCGGAUAAAAUGAAAACCGAAAUUUACAAAGAACUAACGAGGAUUAAAGUUAAUAUUGAUGAUGAAAGUAGCGGCACUGAUAGUGACUAUGCUGAAGAUGAAAUUGAAGAAUAUAAAUCAAUUAUUACGCAAUAUGGAAAAUGUACUAGAAAUCUAGAGGCACAAGAUAAUUCUAACAAAGCAGAAUUUUUAGCAAUAUUUAAAUUAGCGACGCAGGCUCAAUAUAAAGAAAAAAUAUUGGAUCGCCAAGAAAGAAUAUUAAGAAAGGACGCUGUAGUGUCAGCGUAUAUUGCAGCUGGACGAUUAGAUUGUAUCUCAAUUGAAGAACCUUCAAAAGAAAAUAAGGAAAAUAAAGAAAACCAUAACUAUAGUUACAAAGAACGAAAGGUUAUUCUAGAAGAGAACACCAGUAACCAAAAGAUAAAACAAAGUUUUUUAACUAAUUUGCAUUUAACACGCGUCACAGAAAAAAGUAAAGCAGAUUACGAGGCUAUUUGGGAAGAAAUUGUUAAAGAGCGGAAAAGAAGAGGGCAUCCUAUGAAAACAAAUUCAUCGUUGAAAUUGCCGAAACUUGAAAAGUCCUUAUCGGAAAUAGAUACAAACGAUCAAUUGCAAAUCCUUACAGAAAUAAAGAAGCAUGUUACCGAUAACAAUAAUUUGAUAAAGAAAAGAAUAGAUUCAUUUUGCUGCAACGGUGAAAGCAUUAAAAUUCUCGCAGAAAAGAAUAUUUCAGAGCUAAGUCGCCUUUCGAAGAUGGCCGAUAGAAGCGUCAAACUAUUUAGCGGACAAGAUACAAAGAAAAGAGAUCUAAAUCCGGGUUUCGAUAGUGAGAACAUUCAAGGCACUUGUAAAUUUUAUCCAGACAUAAACAUUCCAAAUGUUUCAAAAAUAAUAUCACUGAAGUCUGAGCAAACGACUUGCACAGUUUUGAGUGCGCCGGCGACAUCUAUGGACGAGCCCAGUAACUGUGCUGCCGGUGUGGAUGACGUACCCCACGUAGAAUUACAGAGAACACAAGACUUCGCAUGCCAAGUUGAUGAGCCCGCUUCAUGGCCAGGAGUAGAUGCUUUGGUCAAAAUGUAUAAAGAACAUGACAUAGCACGCAAGAAAGAAAUGGCAGAGCUCCACAAGAGAAACACGCAGCUGCGGGUGGAGUCAGCUCACAUCACGCGCGCGGCGUCACGUGACUCCGACCGCGCCCGCCAUCUGUUGACGGAGAGACGCAACUUGGCCAGCGAGGAGCACACUGUCCGGACCUCCCUGCAGUGGCUCUACUCAAUCGUCGAUCUAGUACGAAACUACGAAGAAAAGAAGUGCUGAGCUCUUACAUUUUGCGUGUAAUUGAAAAUAUUAUGUUAAUAACGCGUCGUAACAACAUAUCCAAGGCUUUUAGCCUCUAGAGCAGGGAUCACGAAUUAGUUUCGCUCGGGGUCCAUUUUCAGGAAUGAACCUGACCUUCGCGGUCCACACAUUUUAUAAAAAAAAUAUUUUUUAAAGAAAAGUAAGUAAUUACUGAAAUUACAGAGAUCUGAUGUUUGAAGUGGAACUGGUGCCAAAACUUGGCAUCCAAGCUAUUGAUAUUAUAUCCUGGAGAUGUUCAUCAGUAAGUCGAGACCGAAAUUUAUUUUUAACGUACCUACCUAGUUCAUCUUCGAAAUUGCUCGGUCCGCCAUUUGGUGACCCCUGCUCUAGAGUCUAGACUCUAACGAAAAUAUAAAUAUCAUCGUUAAUAAUUUGUAAGUUACAACUUGUAUAAA